CAGAAAUAUAGUCCGCAGAUAAACAAAAUAGAACCGGUAACACACAGUGUUAUUUGUCUCAAAACAACGUAAUGGCGAUGUUGAUAAAUUAAAAGCAUUGUGAAUGUUACUUAUAGGAUUCCAAACGUCACAAAUAAAAUGAAGAAUUAUCGCCAUGUAGCAGUUCUAACAGCAAUUUUACUAUAUCUAAUUCUAUGUAGACACAUGUUCUACAUUCCAAGAAGUAUCCCGACAGUCUUGUUCCUUUUGACACCGAUAUGCAUCAUUGCAUUAAUUGGAGCUUACGCGGCAGUCUCUAUUAUAUAUGGAGUAUUUAAAUUCAACCGCUCCGAAAGGGCGUUGACGGAAUUAAAAGAAGACCUCAAUAGAGCAGCUACCUCACUACAGAGAGCUGGGUUCGAUUUUGAAAAGUUCAAAAUACCGAGAUUAUAAACACCGAUAAAAGGUGACAGCAUUUAAGUGUCUG